CUGCAGCUGGCUCUCCAAACUAGGACUUGCUCCGCAGAGUCCGGUCCGGCAGCCAGAGCAAACUGGAGAGAGAGCCCAGGCGCCAAGGACCCCAGCCCCAACCUGCUUGUCCGCCUCUUGCCUGCCGCCUUGCCUUCCAGAUCAGCCCCUGGUAUGGAGCCUUUCUUCAGGAGGCAUUUCCAGCAGAAGGCACCCGGUCCUGGGCAGAGGCUGCAGCCGUCCAAUGGUGUGGGGCUGCCCACAGGCAAGGCUCGCCGCCGCUCUCCUGCAGGGCAGGCCUCCUCCUCGCUGGCCCAGAGGCGCCGCUCCAGUGCACAGCUCCAGGGCUGUUUCCCCAGCUGCGGGGUGGGCACCCAAGGUGCCAGCCGCAGGCGCUCCAGCACUGCACCCCCUGCCUGCAAUCCCCGCUUCAUGGUGGAUAUGGUGCCCAUCCUACAGCCUGCCAGUGUCGGGGCCCAGCUUCUGAGUGCACCUCUCCUGUUGGCUGGGCUUGUGGGCAUGAAGGAGGAGGAAGGGGCCCAGGAGGGAGAUGAGACAGCUGGGGCAUCAAGUGAUGCCAAACCGGGCACCAGGACACCAAGGCCCUCUUCGCACCAGGGCGCCUGGCCAUUGCUUCCCAUACCCCGGUGCCUGCGCAGAGCUUCCUCCCACCUGCUCCCUGCUGAUGUGGUGUAUGGCCAUACUCUUUGGGGCCUGCAUGGGCACUAUCGUCGCCUCAGCCAAAGGUGGCCCUCAGGCCAACACCCGAGUGUUGGGAGCCGAAGCCAAAGAGCCUCGGGCACUGCAUCAGGCCUCAUGAUACCUGCCCGUGCGCGCCCACUGUCACGCAGACGCCAGGUAGCUCUAAGGCGGAAGGCAGCUGGACCCCAGCCCUGGAACACCCUGCUUAUGAAAGCCAUCGCCAAGUCAGGCCUCCAGCACCUGGCACCCCCUCCUCCCACGCCUGGGGCCCCGUGUGGUGAAUCUGAGCGGCAGAUCCGGAGCACUGUGGACUGGAGUGAGUCAGCAGCGUAUGGGGAGCACAUCUGGUUUGAGACCAACGUGUCCGGUGACUUCUGCUAUGUCGGGGAGCAGUACUGCGUAGCUAAGAUGCUGCAGAAGUCAGUGCCCAGAAGAAAGUGUGCAGCCUGUAAGAUUGUGGUGCAUACCCCAUGCAUUGAACAGCUGGAGAAGAUCAAUUUUCGCUGUAAGCCAUCAUUCCGUGAAUCAGGCUCCAGAAAUGUCCGUGAGCCAACCUUCGUAAGACACCACUGGGUACACAGGCGACGCCAGGAUGGCAAGUGUCGGCAUUGUGGAAAGGGCUUCCAGCAGAAGUUUACCUUCCACAGCAAGGAGAUCGUAGCCAUCAGUUGCUCCUGGUGCAAGCAAGCGUACCACAGCAAGGUGUCCUGCUUCAUGCUGCAACAGAUUGAGGAGCCCUGCUCCCUGGGGGUGCAUGCGGCCGUGGUCAUCCCGCCCACCUGGAUCCUACGCGCCCGGAGGCCCCAGAAUACCCUCAAAGCCAGCAAGAAGAAAAAGAGAGCGUCCUUCAAGAGGAGGUCUAGCAAGAAAGGACCCGAGGAAGGCCGCUGGAGACCCUUCAUCAUCAGGCCUACACCGUCCCCCCUCAUGAAGCCCCUGCUGGUGUUUGUGAACCCUAAGAGUGGGGGCAACCAGGGCGCUAAGAUCAUCCAGUCUUUCCUGUGGUAUCUGAAUCCUCGACAAGUCUUUGACCUGAGCCAGGGGGGACCCAAGGAGGCGCUGGAAAUGUACCGCAAAGUGCAUAAUUUGAGGAUUCUGGCUUGCGGGGGUGACGGCACGGUUGGCUGGAUUCUGUCCACCCUGGACCAGCUGCGCUUAAAACCAUCGCCCCCUGUGGCCAUCCUGCCCCUGGGUACUGGCAAUGACCUGGCCCGCACCCUCAACUGGGGUGGGGGUUACACAGAUGAGCCUGUGUCAAAGAUCCUUUCCCAUGUAGAAGAGGGGAAUGUGGUACAGCUGGACCGCUGGGACCUCCGAGCAGAGCCCAACCCUGAGGCAGGCCCUGAGGAGCGAGAUGAUGGAGCCACUGACCAGCUGCCCCUGGAUGUCUUCAACAACUACUUCAGUCUGGGCUUUGAUGCCCACGUCACCCUGGAGUUCCAUGAGUCCCGAGAAGCCAACCCAGAGAAGUUCAACAGCCGCUUUCGGAAUAAGAUGUUCUAUGCUGGGACGGCUUUCUCUGACUUCCUGAUGGGCAGCUCCAAGGACUUAGCCAAGCAUAUCCGUGUCGUGUGUGAUGGAAUAGACCUAACCCCCAAGAUCCAGGACCUGAAACCCCAGUGCAUCGUUUUUCUGAACAUCCCCAGGUACUGUGCAGGCACCAUGCCCUGGGGCCACCCUGGGGAGCACCAUGACUUCGAGCCCCAGCGGCAUGAUGAUGGCUACCUCGAGGUCAUCGGCUUCACCAUGACAUCCUUGGCAGCACUGCAGGUGGGUGGGCACGGAGAGCGGCUGACUCAGUGCCGAGAAGUGCUGCUCACCACGGCCAAGGCCAUCCCUGUGCAGGUGGACGGUGAGCCCUGCAAGCUUGCGGCAUCACGUAUUCGAAUCGCCCUGCGCAACCAGGCCACAAUGGUGCAGAAGGCCAAGCGCCGGAGUGCUGCCCCGCUGCACAGCGAUCAGCAGCCAGUCCCCGAGCAGCUGAGGAUCCAGGUGAGCAGGGUCAGCAUGCACGACUAUGAGGCUCUGCAUUAUGACAAGGAGCAGCUCAAGGAGGCCUCUGUGCCUCUGGGCACUGUGGUGGUCCCUGGGGACAGUGACCUAGAGCUCUGCCGUGCCCACAUUGAGAGACUCCAGCAGGAGCCCGAUGGCGCUGGAGCCAAGUCCCCGACAUGUCACCAACUAUCCUCUAAGUGGUGUUUCUUGGAUGCUACCACUGCCAGCCGCUUCUACAGGAUCGACAGGGCCCAGGAGCACCUCAACUAUGUGACGGAGAUUGCCCAGGACGAGAUUUAUAUCCUAGACCCUGAGCUGCUGGGGGCAUCAGCACGGCCUGACCUCCCCACCCCUACCUCCCCGCUCCCUACCUCCCCCUGCUCCCCCAUACCCCGGUCACUGCAGGGGGAUGCUGCACCACCUCAAGGGGAAGAGCUGAUUGAAGCUGCCAAGAGGAAUGACUUCUGCAAGCUCCAGGAGCUGCACCGAGCAGGAGGUGACCUCAUGCACCGGGACCAGCAGAGCCGCACACUCUUGCACCAUGCAGUCAGCACUGGCAGUAAGGAAGUGGUCCGCUAUCUGCUGGACCAUGUACCGCCAGAGAUCCUUGAUGCUGUCGAGGAGAAUGGGGAGACCUGUCUCCACCAGGCAGCUGCCCUGGGCCAGCGCACCAUCUGCCACUACAUUGUGGAAGCCGGGGCCUCCCUCAUGAAGACAGACCAGCAGGGCGACACUCCCCGGCAGCGAGCUGAGAAGGCUCGGGACACAGAGCUGGCUGCCUACCUGGAGAACAGACAGCACUACCAGAUGAUCCAGCGUGAGGACCAGGAGACGGCUGUGUAGUGGAGGACACUACAGAGGACCUCUUUGCCCACCUCACUGCCACAUUCCUGUCGGAUGGCCAUGGGGGGACCCUGCCCCAGGGAAGGAGCCCCGUGCCACCCCUGAGAAGCCGCUCAGAUCUAGGGCUGGACUCUGAGGAGCUGGACUCUCACCUGUCUCUGUGUUCAUGGGGAACAGGAGAUGGGUUGGUGGAUCCCUUCGGGUAGCCUUCCCCUCACCAUGGCAGACCGAAUGGCAGGACAGAGGACUCAGCACCGACAGGAAGGCCUGUUCUCAGCAGGCCAUUUGCUAGCCACCUAGUCCUUUGGACUGCCGGGAGGCUUUGGGGUGCCUAGCCCUUCGCUCUGACCCACCCACCCAGGGCCUCCCAGAAACUAAAGAGCCUGCUGUAUUCACCUGCCCGCGGCCCUGCUUGGCACCUCCCCUGGUGAUCCUCAUGUACCCAGUCAUUUCAUUUCAGACUGUAUGGCCUGGGGUGGGGGGUGGGGCUCCCACGGUGACUUGUUUACAGCUGGGUAUGACUCAGUAAAGUGAAUUUUUUUUCCUUU